AUGGAAGGUAAAGAGCGUCAAGUGGUUGUUUCAGCUCUACAAUUCGCCUGCUCCGACGAUAUCUCCACCAACGUCGCCGCCGCUGAGCGGCUGGUCAGGGAAGCACACGCAAAAGGAGCAAAUAUCGUUCUUAUUCAGGAACUAUUUGAGGGAUAUUACUUCUGUCAAGCACAAAGAGAGGACUUUUUUCAGCGGGCCAAGCCUUACAAGAACCAUCCUACCAUUGCAAGGAUGCAGAUGUUGGCAAAGGAGCUGGGUGUUGUGAUACCGGUUAGCUUCUUUGAGGAAGCAAAUAAUGCACAUUACAACUCAAUAGCCAUAAUCGAUGCUGAUGGAACCGACCUUGGAAUUUAUAGGAAGUCACAUAUUCCUGAUGGACCAGGUUAUCAAGAGAAGUUUUAUUUCAAUCCUGGAGACACUGGCUUUAAGGUCUUCCAUACGAAGUUUGCAAAAAUAGGAGUAGCUAUAUGUUGGGAUCAGUGGUUUCCUGAGGCAGCUCGAGCUAUGGUUCUACAGGGUGCUGAAGUGUUGUUUUAUCCCACCGCUAUUGGAUCUGAACCUCAAGACCAGGGAUUGGAUUCGCGUGAUCAUUGGAAGAGAGUCAUGCAAGGGCAUGCUGGAGCUAAUGUGGUGCCUCUAGUGGCUUCAAAUCGCAUAGGGAAGGAAAUAAUUGAAACUGAGCAUGGGCCUAGUCAGAUCACUUUCUAUGGAAAUUCCUUCAUUGCCGGACCAACAGGUGAAAUUGUGGCUGAGGCUGAUGAUAAAGCAGAAGCCGUCCUUGUGGCAAAUUUUGAUCUUGAGAAGAUCAAGUCCAAAAGGCAAAGCUGGGGAGUUUUCCGUGACCGUCGUCCUGAUUUGUAUAAGGUGCUUCUUACUAUGGACGGUAACCUCUGA